AACUAUACAAUGGCUAAAGCUCCAAGAGGCAAGAAGUACUCGAGUACCAAUGAACCACAAGUUGCUGCUGAGAAGCAUAUGAAAUCUGUUUUCAAAUUCAACACGGAUCUCGGCCAGCACAUCUUGAAGAACCCGCUCAUUGCACAGGGUAUCGUUGAUAAGGCUGGGAUCAAGCCUUCUGAUAUAGUGCUUGAGGUUGGUCCAGGUACUGGUAACCUGACUGUUAGAAUCCUGGAACAGGCUAGAAAAGUUGUUGCUGUGGAGAUGGAUCCACGUAUGGGUGCUGAAUUGACAAAGAGAGUCCACGGAACGCCAGGUGAGAAGAAGCUGGAGAUUCUACUGGGUGAUUUCAUGAAGACUGAGCUCCCCUACUUUGACAUUUGUAUCUCCAACACCCCAUACCAGAUCUCGUCCCCGCUGGUGUUCAAGCUCAUCAACCAACCAAGACCCCCAAGAGUCAGUAUUCUCAUGUUUCAACGUGAAUUUGCCCUCAGACUGCUCGCAAGACCUGGUGAUUCGCUGUACUGUCGACUCAGUGCCAAUGUGCAAAUGUGGGCCAAUGUCACGCACAUCAUGAAAGUGGGAAAGAACAACUUCAGACCUCCUCCACAAGUUGAGUCCUCUGUCGUGAGGAUUGAGAUCAAGAACCCCAGACCUCAGGUCGACUUCAACGAGUGGGAUGGUUUACUACGUAUAGUGUUUGUCAGAAAGAACAGAACCAUCGCAGCUGGGUUUAAGAGCUCAAGUGUGUUAGAAAUUUUGGAAAAGAACUACAAGACAUGGCUGGCCACAGUGGACGAUGGUGCUAUGAUGGAUGAUUCAACCUCCAAGAAGCACGGAGACUAUUUGGAUGUCGUUAAGCAAAAAAUUGAAAAGGUGUUAAAAGAAACUGGGUUGGCAGAGACAAGAGCCGGUAAGUGUGAUCAGAACGAUUUCUUAAAGCUACUAUAUGCAUUCCAUCAGGUUGGUAUCCAUUUUGCAUAGAAUUAUAUACAUUAUUCAAGACACA